AUCUCUUCCGGCCCGGCCCUCUUUGGCACACUUUUAAGAUUUAACCGAACCCCCGCGCCUUUUCUCGCCGUUCGCCUCAUUCUAAGUCUCUUCUCAAGAUGCCAAAAAUCCCUCUGAGCACGCAGCAACCGAACACAGACCAUCUGAUGGUCAAGACCAUCAGCGAGAUCGUUCAGCUGCUUAUCCAGGCGCAUCGCGAGGACCGCCACGUAAACUUGAGCACGGUCAAGUCGCAGUGCUGCCAGCGAAAUGGCCUGUCGAAAAUACCCAAAACGGUCGAAGUCAUCUCCGCUAUUCCUGAAAAUUGGAAAAAAUAUAUCGUACCAAAAAUCCGGGCGAAACCAGUAAGAACAGCAUCCGGUAUAGCUGUGAUCGCGGUGAUGUCGAAGCCGCACAGGUGCCCCCACAUCGCCGUAACAGGUAAUGUUUGUGUAUAUUGUCCAGGGGGUCCCGAUUCGGACUUUGAAUACAGUUCGCAGAGCUAUACAGGAUACGAGCCGACGUCGAUGAGGGCGAUUCGAGCCAGGUAUGAUCCCUAUAUACAGGCACGGAGUCGGAUAGACCAGCUGUCUCGUCUCGGCCACAGUACAGAUAAGAUUGAAUACAUUAUAAUGGGCGGAACGUUCAUGUCUCUACCAGAGUCCUAUCGCGACUACUUCAUUAGAAACAUGCACGACGCGCUCUCCGGCCACGUGAGCACAAACGUGGAGGAGGCUGUGCGAUAUUCUGAGCAGUCAAGGACGAAGUGCAUCGGUCUAACUAUAGAGACGCGCCCAGACUACUGCAAGGCCACGCAUUUGAGCCAAAUGCUCUCCUACGGCUGCACACGCCUAGAAAUAGGCGUACAAAGCGUGUAUGAGGAUGUGGCAAGAGACACUAACCGUGGACACACCGUAAUGGCGGUCAAAGAGUGCUUCCACCGGAGCAAAGAUGCUGGUUUCAAGGUGGUCGCUCACAUGAUGCCCGACCUGCCAAACGUCGACUACGAACGAGAUUUUGCUUCGUUUAAAGAGUUCUUUGAAAAUCCAGACUUUCGAUCAGACGGACUGAAAAUCUAUCCAACACUCGUAAUUCACGGAACUGGACUCUAUGAGCUCUGGAAGUCUGGCAAAUAUCAGAAUUACCAUCCCGAUGAAUUGGUCUCCCUCCUGGCAAAAAUUCUCUCAAUUGUUCCCCCUUGGACGCGUAUCUACCGUAUCCAGCGAGACAUCCCAAUGCCACUCGUCACCUCUGGCGUCGAGUACGGAAACUUGCGAGAACUAGUUCUCAGCAAAAUGCAGGAGCUCGGUACAAAAUGCCGCGACGUCCGCACCAGAGAGGUGGGCAUUCAAUACCUCCAUCAUCAAGUAAAGCCAGAGCAAUUAGAACUGGUUCGUCGCGACUAUGUCGCCAACGGGGGCUGGGAAACCUUCUUGUCUUACGAAGAUCCAGUUCAAGAUAUUCUCGUUGGACUUCUGAGACUCCGAAAAUGUUCAAACCUAACCUUCCGUCCAGAGCUUACGGGCGCCGUCUCCGUUGUUCGCGAACUUCAUGUCUACGGAAGCGUCGUUCCUGUGUAUACCCGUGACCCAAAAAAGUUUCAGCACCAAGGACUAGGUAUGCUUCUCAUGGAAGAAGCAGAAAGAAUCUCUAAAAACGAACAUCUGUCCUCCAAAAUCGCCGUGAUCUCCGGUGUAGGCACUCGGCACUACUACCGAAAGCUCGGGUACACCCUGGAUGGCCCUUACAUGUCAAAAUAUCUCUAAAAAAGUUCGCAGAA